AUGGAAAAGUCACUAGAGGACAAUUUAUAUCAAGCUAUUCUCGACGAAGAUAAAGACAAGGUUUCACACCUUAUAUCUAAAGGUGCUAAUCCCAAUAAGACUGCUAGUUAUGGUAAAACUUGCUUAGGUGAAGCAGCAAAUAUUGGUAAUGCAGGAAUUGUUAAAUUAUUGAUAGAAGCUACAACAUCAGAGACCAACACCACCACCACUUCAAGCAAUUCCACAAUUUUAACAAGGAAGCGGCACUUAAAAUCACAUAAAAGAAAGUUUAAACAUGACUGGCAAUCUGAAACAGCUGUUAAGUGUAAAAAUAUGAAUGAGAGAAAAUUAAAAGAGUAUUACAAUACAGGUCAAUAUAACAACUUUGCUUCUAGACAAGAGAAUAGUAAAUUUGAAAGAAAUCAGGGUUAUUUUGUGUUCAUACAUAGUGAGGGUUCUAGUAGUGAUGAAAGUAAAGUUACUUGUUUGAAAUCUCUAAGUCCAUCUUCUUUAACACCAUCACCCCAGUCAGAUUUGGAAUGGGAUGAAGAAAUUGACAAUGACACACCAAUAGUAGGUACAAGUGAGGAUGAAACCUGGAGUUCAAUGUACAGAUGGUAUGCUGCUAUUUUGGAAAGUACUGGAGCUGCUAUAGCUUCAGCAUCAGCAGCUACAAAUGGUAUUGACCAACAAGAUACAUACAUGAGAACUGCACUCCAUUAUGCUACAGAGCAAGGACAUGAGGCUGUGGUUGGUUUGUUACUAAAAGCUGGUUGUAAAGUAGAUCUUACAGCAGGGGAUGGAUUGACUCCAUUACAUAUUGCGGCAAUAAAAAACCAUGGAGAAAUUGCUAAGAUGCUUUUGGCUGCUGGCAGCCAUGUGAAUUAUAAAACACAUGAAAAGACAACAUCUUUACAUUUUGCAGCCUCUAGAGGUUUCUUAGAAAUGAUAAAAAUUCUAGUCAAUAAUGGAGCAUAUUUAGAAGCAAGAGACACCAGCGAACGAACACCAUUGUAUUUGGCUGUUGUCAGAGGCCAUGUUGAUGUAGUAAAAUAUCUAAUAUCUGUGGGAGCUAAUGUUAAUAGUGAACAGAUACAUGGGUAUACACCACUUUGUGAGGCAGUGUGGCAAAGGUUCCCAACGGUUGUUGAUGUCUUAUUAACAGCCGGAGCACGAAUUACACACUCUCAUAAAUUGUUACACAAUGCUAUAAUUCAAAGACAGGAAUCAAUAGUAAAAAUGCUUGCUAACAUGGGUGGCGGGAUCAAUUUACACAAUGAUAAUGGUGACACGCCUUUGUUAUUAUCGGCCCGUUUAUCUCAACCGAACGUAGCUCGUAUAUUACUUGAAAGAGGAGCAAAUGUUAAUGCUUGUAACAGCAUAACAGGUGCAAAUGCAUUGCAUAUAGCUGUUGAAAGUAUAGACUGUCCAGAGGAAUUGGAGGAAUUGUUAAUUUGUUUAUUAGAAUAUAAUAUUGAUAUGAAUACUACGGCUCUAACUGGUGAUACUGCUCUCAAUAGGGCUUUACUAUUACACAAAGAUAUUGCUGCCGUUUUGCUGAUACGCCAUGGUGCCGAUGUUAAUAUAUGCGAUCUACAAUCUUGUGGUUUAGAUAAUUUGUCUAUCGCUAGCAGGAGACGAUCUCCCGACCUUGCUUGCAUUCUCAUAAAAGCUGGACAUUAUUUACAGUUUCCCGAAACGGGUGUUGUUCCUAAACCUGGUAGCUCAGUAUACUGGCUAUAUUGUGCUUCUAGAGACCCGUUAAGUCUAUCGGAUUUGUGUAGGAUAAGAAUUAGACAUAUGCAUACACAUAAAACAAUGUUUUCAUAUAUUUAUAGUUUACCAUUACCUGUGAGUUUAAAGAGAUUCCUUAUGCUGGAAGAUGAAGGUACUUUUAAUAAUUCUGCAUAG